GUCUGAAUUUAAUUGCCAGCGAGAUACGCUCUAAUUUGCUGGAGGCAGGCCCACGUUUGGCAAAGUAACGAGUGACUCGACAGCAGAUCUGCAGCAGUUGCUCAAGACCCAGACAAGCCAUGCUGUGGUGCAGAGCUGUGACCAUCCCCUUCCCAUGCCAGCUUUGUACCGUUGUAGUGUGCCUUCUCAUGAGUCUACCAACUCAGUGUUAUGCUGGCAAGAUCCUUGUGUAUCCCGUAGAUGGCAGCCACUGGCUAAACAUGAACAUUCUCCUGCACGAGCUACACAAACGUGGACACGAGCUAACUGUGGUGCGCUCGUCCACUAGCUGGUACAUCCCCGAACAAGCGGACCACUACACGUCCAUCACUAUUCCCACCACCCACGCAAGCAACCUGGAGGACCCUGAAUACAUGGCAGCUUUCUUAAAAAGGAACAUUGAAAUACGCAGUGGUGAUGGGUCCAUUUUGUCUUUCAUUGCCCUUCAGCAAGAGACUCUGACCUUGCUGAUGGAGGCUCACAAGGCCUCUGCUGAAAUGGUUCGGGACAUCCUCCACAACAAAGACCUGGUGAGGUCACUAAAGAACACGGGCUAUGACAUUAUGUUGACCGAUCCUGGAUUUGCAGGGGGAGUUGUGUUAGGACGCUAUCUAGAUCUGCCCAUGGUUUUCAAUGUCCGCUGGAUAACAAAUGCUGAAGGUCACUUUGCAAUUGCACCCUCUCCACUAUCUUAUAUCCCAACCAUUGGUUCUCAGGUCUCAGACAAAAUGAGCUUUGCAAAUAAGCUGAAAAACUUAUUGCACUAUGGAAUAGGUCAGUAUAUUGACCAUGGCAUUACCAGGCCCCUAUACCAGGGUGUCAUCAGUGAGUUCAUUGAUCCAAAUGCCAAUGUUUACUCCUUGAUUCAAGGGGCAGACUUAUGGCUAAUGCGCGUGGAUUUUGUCUUUGAGUUCCCACGUCCCACUAUGCCUAAUGUAGUUUACAUGGGAGGUUUUCAAUGUAAACCCUCCAAGCCUCUACCUUCAGAGUUGGAGGAGUUCAUGCAGAGUUCAGGGGAGCAUGGGGUGAUUGUUAUGUCCUUGGGCACUCUCCUCGGAAGCCUAUUGCCAGAAAUAUCAAAAGUCAUUGCAGCGGCCUUUGCCAGACUGCCUCAGAAAGUCGUUUGGAGGCAUCUCGGAGAGAGGCCCUCUACUCUGGGUAACAACACGCUGGUAGUGGACUGGCUUCCACAGAACGACCUGCUAGGUCACCCCAAGACUCGAGCUUUCGUAACUCAUGGAGGCACCAACGGAAUCUACGAGUCAAUCUACCACGGAGUGCCCAUUCUUGGGCUGCCUCUCAUCUUUGACCAGUUUGACAAUAUGGUUCGUCUGACAUCCAGAGGGGUGGCUAAAGCACUGGAAGUGACAGCCUUGGAUGUUGACACCCUGACACAAGCUCUGCGAGACAUCCUAGACAAAAAGAAACCAUACAGGGAGAACAUGCGCAGACUGUCAGUGCUGCACCACGACCAGCCGAUGAAGCCCAUGGACACUGCCAUCUUCUGGCUGGAGUUUGUAGUGCGCCAUAAGGGGGCUGCACACUUGCGCACAGAGUCCUACAAGUUACCGUGGUAUGCCUAUUAUAACGUGGAUGUGCUAGCAUUUAUUCUUGGCUUUGUCCUCGCAAUUGUUUUUCUGUUUUUGAUGACCUGCAGGGCGGUCUGUAAAAUUGUGUGUCGGAAAAAGCAGACAAAAGACAAACUCCAAUAGCUUGUAUCAAAUGAAAUAAACAUUUGGGGGUACUUUUAGAAAUGUUAGUUGGAUUUGUAUUCUGCCAAUUUUCCACUUAAUUUGGGUUUAUAUAGAGAUAUAAAAACAAAACAAAAAACAUACAAAAAAAAAAAAAAAAAAGAGACCAGACAUCAAAUUAAAAAGAAUCAUAUAAUAAUGUAGUAGUGAUGAAACCUGCACUUAUUUUAUUUUCUUAACUGCUUGUUUUAUUGAUUUGUACGGACAUUGAAUGCAUCAGUCUACUAUUAUGUAUGUAAAUAUUCACUGAACACAAUCUCUUUCUUGGUCAACACAAAUAAGAAUAUUCAAAAAGCAAAUAGUCAUAAUGCAACAUAAGGCAAAUGCUGCUCAACAUCUCCUAGGUUUUCGGAAUGACGUAUAUGACUAUGCAUUGAUACUAAAGGUGAAUAUCUGCAACAGUAAAAAAUAAAGUGCUCCCUUCUGAUCUCUUCUAGUAAGUGGACAGUACACUUUUUCAACACGGCAGUCCAAAUUUUCUCUUGGGAAAGAAAAUAAAAAUGUUAGAAACAACUAGAAUCUUUAAACCUACAGAGAACACAGUUUGUUAUGUUUCAUGUUUUUUCUCUUUUCUUUUUUUCUUUCUCUGUGGUGUUUGUGGGGGGGAUCAACAUCAUAUACAUGCAAGUUAUAAAGACACACUCGAACACAAUCGA